AUGGGAUUUUUGAGUGGUGUGCUUGGUGCGGUGAAAAACGAAAAUGAAGUGAUAACUUAUGAUGUAAACGGCCAUUUAAAUAAAUUACCGCAAGAAAUAAAUAAAAAAAUGUAUAAAGGCCCGCAUGAAUUUUGUCUGGCAUUGAGUAACAUAGGUGCCGUGCUUGGUUACUAUGAUGCUGAGGUUAACAGAAGAAUCAAUGCAGUUGUGGAAAACAAUUCCAAUGGUACGUUAUAUGCAUUGCAAUCUCAAAUUGAUAAAAAUAUCAGGAACUUGCAGGAUUCACUGACUACCAAGAAGUACGAGGAUGUGGUUGCACAGUGGAAGGACGUAGUUACUGAUGGACUUACUGCGCUAAUUAAGUCAGCAGAGUCGGCAAUAAAUGAACUUGAUACACCGUUGAAAACGAAGGUUACGAAUGAUUUUGAAAAAAUAAAGACGGCGGUUAACAAUUUGAAUGAUUCAGCGAAUAGGGACGUCGACCAACUUAGGAGGUUGGGGAAAAAAGUGGAAGAGAGAUUCAGUACAUUAAGAUUAAAUGUGUACACAGAAAUACGCAAUCAAAUUAAUGCGCUUGACGAGACAUUGAAGAAGGCGUUUGCCGAAAUCAAGAAGAGCAUUUCUGCGGUUGAGAAGGCGUUAGCACAGGUGAAGAGCAAUUUGGCAAGUUGGAGUGAAGCAGCCAUGAGAAUCGUAAAUGCGGGUAUUAAAAAGUGUGAGAAACUUUUGGAGAGGUUGGAUGAGGAGAAUUAUGGUGAUAGAUAUGCAACAAUAAGAAAAAACGCUGAAAUUUUGCAAACGAAGGCUUCUAAGUUGUUGAUUGCAUACAGGGAUGCAUAUGGUGGGCUUAAGACGUUGAAAAGAGAAAUUGAACAGGCUGUUGAUGGGAUUGAAACUACGUAUAGAGAGAAACUUAAGACCGUUAGAGAUGCUGUGGUUGCUGAAGUAAAAGAAGCUUUCGACGAGACGAAUCACGGAUUUGACAAAUUAGAUGAGCACGUAAGGACCGGUUUGGUAUUUGUGAGAAAUCAGAUUAAGAGUAAGUUGAAUCAGCUUGUUCAAGACUUGGGUAAAAAUAUCAUGAAGGCAGCGAACAAAGCCGGAGAUACUUGGAAUAGCGGGUUUACAUCGCUUAAGUAUGACUUGCAAAAGGUGUUAGGAGAUGAGUUUAAAGAUCAACUUGAAAGUGUUGGCAGGACCAAUUCUACACUUGCCGGAUUCAUAGAUAAUGUUUUAUAUUACCUUCGACAAUCUCGAACAUCGAUAGGUACUCCACCUGGCUCGUUAGUUGCUGAACAACUUGAUGAAGCAUUAAAGAAAGCCAUCAACAAUCAACUACAACAAAUUAUCCCUGAUGAGCAUUCGCAAAUAAAACUUAAAACACUCAUGGUAAAGUAUUAUAACGAGACUAAAAAAAGUGAUGGACGUGAAGUCGACGGUCAACUCAGAGGUUUGAUUAAAAAGAUUAAGGGCCCCGUCGAAAAGUAUAUUAUGCAAGACCAAGGUAAGGAUGUUGUUAACCUUGAAAGCAUCGAAGGUUUAGAGACCACUCCCACCACAGGAGGUGACCCCGCAAGGGCUAUGUACACCAAAGCCGUUGCAAAAGUUCAUGAAGCACUUGACGCAUUUGAGAAAAGAAAACUAGUCGACGAAGGUGGGAAAGGCAAAGUCACUGAUGCAAUCAGUGAAGCGAAUAUUUUAGAACGUGAAAUCAUUACCGAAAUAAAAAAGCUUAUCACACUUAUCAGUAAGGAAAACGAUGACAAAAAAACUACAGACGACAAGGGCGUGAGAACCUUGCUAGAGGAGCUUCAGAAAAUUCUUAUUCUGGAUAACACAGACGGGCUCUACGAUCUUACUGAUGGCCUUAGAAAAAUAAAAAAGGAUAUUCUUAAGAUCCUCGGAACCGACGACUCCAACAAGAACUCAGAAGGCAAUUUGGCAGACAUCAUUGCUGCAACUACAAAGUUCCAUACUCUUAUCGCUUCUCAAGCGAAAGAGUGCUUUGACAAUAUUGUAAAGCAUCUCCGGGAGCAGGCUGACAUCUCAGUAGUCGAAAUGAAAAAAGACAUUCUGCAGCGAUAUAAGCAAAGAAAGACUGCGGAGCUGCUAGAGCUAAAACUAUUAGUCGAAAAUGAAACUGAAGCUGUAAACAAAAUCAUCAGCAUCGACCGUGAAACGGGUGUUAAAGGGUUGUUGAAAGUACUCAAAGCACAACUUGGCAAGGAGGCUGUGAAAGUCACCGAUCGGAGAACAUUUGGGAAAUUCCCGUAUAUGGUAAAAAUGUUUUUAGGGAGCAUUUGGGAGUAUAUAAGUGGCCAACACAGUGGGAAGGAUGACGUUACUAAAAGCUUUGUCGUAAUAAAAUCAACGAUGGAGACCCUCCUAGACGAAAUCAACAAUUCUGGCCACUUCACGCACAGUCUCGCUUAUAAUCUCGGCAAUUUGAAAAACGCAGUUGACAAUCUCGUCCCUACCAAUUUCUGCGGUCAUCAGCAUCCGAUGUUACUCGACGCCAUCAAGGACGGGCUCACACGCUUCCAUGAAGAGCUGAGCAAGGCGUACAUAUCCACGUAUUCCAGCUCAUUCAGGUACUUCGACUGGGAACCUAAGAAGAGUGGGAUGUGCGCUAAGAUACUUUUGACGAUACUUGUGAGAAUUUACGAAGAUCUUAAUACAUUGAAAGAACAGUCUGAAAUAAAUUCCGCUGCGAGUCAACUUAAUCUGUCAUCUCAUCUAGGUGGUUUAUUUCGGCGGAUGGGUUACCGAGUUGCCACGUACAGCAAUACGCAGGACGGUGAACUGUGUAAUAAGAAUGAUAGGACCGGUAAAUACAUACAUGAUAAUUUGCUGCACAACACGCUGCAAAACGCUAUGCAGAUCACUAAGCACAUUAAAGAGUGCAAAUCCAUUGAAGAUGAGCAAGGUAAACAGAAGGAGAUUGUGAACGUCAACAUCUAUCACAUUCUCAAAUGCCUUUACCAUCACGCCAACAAGUAUAACGACGUGUGCCACCUAUCCACAUUGACAUCCAAGAAGCAUCCAUGUUCCGUGUUUGAAAUGCUAGUAUGGCUCGCGGGUCUGACGCAUAAUCCUGCGCAUCCAACGUUGUUACUUGAUGGUUUCACAGACGCAUUUGCCGAUCCAGCAAAACCAUCCGACGACUACGAGGGAACACCCGUAUUUGAUUUGCAAUCGUCCAGCCUUGAAGCUCAGCCGAACAACAUCACAUAUAAUAACGUACUACUUGCACUUGAACAUAUUUGCGCAAAUUCCUAUGAUGUCAUCACCGGUAUUGCUGGCUAUGGUGACGCCGACACGCUGUAUGCUAGCGAGUAUUGCAACAACGCCCUUAAGUUGUAUUAUCCUCAAAGCGGGGAAGAGUGCUUGAAUAUGCUGCUUGACAUACUUCGCAGAUUAUUCCCACAACUCAUGUAUUUGCGUAGGCGUUGUGCCGUCAGCGUAUUACAUUCCGGUUGGGCACAGUGUCGCUACGGCAACGAAAUCUUAUCGGCCAAGUGGUCGUGUAAGAAACACUCAAAUGACCAAGCAGCGUGCCGAGCAAAAGGCAAAGCAAAUGGUCAACCAAAGUGCCAACCAAAUGGUGAACCAAAUUGUCAACCAACCUCUCCGUUGAUGAGCUACUUAAAUGACUGUUUGCCGGGUCACUUGCCGCAUCAACUUAUCAAAAUCGGUUGCAAAUAUGAGUGUGUCACCUGCAAGUCCACUUCUAAGACAGGUAUGCCCUGCUUAACUCCACUCGGAUUUAGAGGAUUUUCCGGGUCUACCCGCAGAGGUGAAAAUAUAUGUGACGUGCUCGAGAGAUUUUUCUCAAACUUCUACUUGUCAUCUCUAUUCCCUCUCGUACCCAAAGCGCCCUUAACGCUGCCAGAGCACUUCAGUUUUGCCCUAUCAUUUGUCGACGGUUGGCACACCUCUAAAACGUCCAACAAAGGGCGUAACAAGGAAUCAGUUGAAUCACGCAUCAUGGCACAAUCUAUCAGUCUGUAUAAGGACAUCGACCAACUGACCAGUGCACUCAGUAAUGCGUAUGGUAGCAGCCGGAAUUAUCACACCCCUAAGGGACAUAUAGAUGCAUUUGCAGAUGUGUCAACCUUGUCCAUGAAUACAGUCUGCUCCGAUAAAUACGCUCAUUGCGCCCCCUACAUCCAAUCAGUAUGCUCUGAUUCAUAUUUUCACUUUGCCACCAAGCACUGCGAUCUGUACCUCUCCUGGGCCAUCUACCUCCCGUGGACGUUUUGGGAUCUACUCAACAAUCUCUACAAUGCCUUCUGUUCCAUCAACUGCCAGGACUGGGGAUGCCGUGGAUGUCUACGUGGAGAUAAGUGUAAGAAGGGAGAGCAUGGUGUUGUUGACAAAGAGAAGCCAUCUGCUAACUGCCAAUGCCGUUCCAUCGUCGACUGCAAAGGUGUCGCACCAACGCUCUACCAGUAUGGUUUCGUCUUUGGUGAGGCGUCGACGCUGAAUGACAAAGCAUCGCCGAAGAAGUGUUCCGAUUUCUGCAGUCAAUUGAAGAAUGUGCUCAAUUCGAAAUAUUUCGAGAAAUUGUUCGAAGAGUGUGACAACUUCCUAUGGAUCAUCCGAUCACCCUUCUCCUACCUUGUGCUCGCCCUCUGGCUCCUCUCUUUAUUGUACCUCCUCCACAUCAUGGUCAUCCGCCUCGACCUCCUCCACAUCAAAUCGCAUCUACAUAGUCCAUCAUCGCAUCGCAUCGCUGCUCAAUCGCUACUCGCCGCCGCACGUGUCAACAAGCUUAACAGGGUGUAUUAUCUGCAACCAUAA